AUGCGUUUUAAUGUGUUUGUACAAGGCGAUUUUGAGAAUAUCAGAGGCGUUUUUAUCUCACAGUCAUAUCCAAUCAGAAUCAGGUGCGCAUGUGGUAAAGAGCAUGAAAAAAACGUCGUGAUAUCAAGCGAAGACAACGAUGUCAAUAAAAAAAAUGAAGAAGUCAACCUGUGUGUCACAUGCCAUGAAUGCAAGCAGCUCAUGACAUUCAAAAUACUAAAGCUUGACAACCAGAUAGAAUGCAUUCUUACAAAAGCACAUCCGGAUGAUGAUUCAGAAAGUGUUUACUUGACAGAGAUGGAGAAGAACAGAUUUAUGGUAUCUAAAAUACAGACGAAUGGUGCAGAAGUGGUCUCCGUUGUUGAUUGCAUUCUCAACCUGGUUUCUGACGACGGGGUGCUUUUCAAAGACGUUAAUACUCGAGAAAAGACAGUGGCAGAGUUUAAUACUAAAAGCAAAAUGUCCUCAAUAGUUCACUUUUCUCUUGUUGUUGAGCAGACAAAACAUUAA